AUGACGGUGCAGCAGGCGGUUCCGGUCCCGGCGAUCCGCGAGGCGGUGUCAGGUUGGACGAUCGGCCCAGCCUCGGCUAAUCGGGGAAGUAAUGAUCGUCUUGAUCAGACCAUCCAGAAGUAUCAUGAACAGAAGAAGGCAUCGAACGGCGAGGACAGCUACGAUUCGAUCGUGGAGCUGGCCAGGGAGAUCAAGGCUGCAAUGGAUCGUGACAAGAAGCUCCUCGAGGAGCCGAAGCAGAAGCCGCCCCUCUGCCCCGGCGCCCCGGGGGCAGCCGCCGCCGCCUCGCGCGGCUCCCCGUCACCGGCCCGCGGCCCUACGGUGGGCAGCCGCCCCGCGCGGUUCGCCGCGACCGCCGCUGCCGCCCCGCGCCCCUCUGCCCCGCGGGACCCCGCGCGGCUCUGCCCACGGCCGCGCGCACCUCUACCUUGCAGCCCUAAGCCGCGCUGCGGCCCACCGGUGCCGGCCCCGUGGGCCCCAGCCGCCGCCCUGAGAUCCCACACUGCGGCACAGUGGCCCGCCGACGCCGCGUGGCCCGCCGCCGCCCUGCGGCCGCCCCGAGGUCACACGCCGUGGCCUCAAGGCCUGCCGCCGCCCCCAAGCGAGGUCACGCCACGGCACCGCGGCCUGCCGAUGCCCCGCUGCCCGCCGGCGCCCUGCGGGCCCCCGCCGCCACCCGAGGUCCCACGCCGCGGCCUCGAGGCCCGCCGCCACCCCCAGGCCCCAUGCAGUGCCCCGCGGGCCCCGUUGCCGCCCCCCAGGCCCCACGCAGUGCCCCCGCGGGCCCCGUCGUCGCCCCUGAGGCCCCACGCCGUGCCCCCGCUGCCCACCGCCACCCCUGAGGCCCCACACCGCGGCCCCGCGGCCCGCUGCUGCCCUGCAGGCCCCCGCCACCGCCCUCGAGGCUCCACGCCGUGCCCUCGCGGCCCGCCGCCGCCCCCGAGGCCCGACGCCAUGGCCCUGCGGCCCAAUACCGCCCCACAGGUCCCCGCCGCCACCCCCGAGUCCCCAUGUCGUGCCCCCAUGGCCCGCCGCCCCCAUGGUCCACCGCCGCCCACAGGUCGAUUGCCUAUUCCUGGAGAUGAAGGUUACGAUGAAUGUGAGCUUGAUCGUACUAUUCCUAAAGCAUUUCAGGAAGAUGAGUGUAAUGGACCCUUUGAAGUUGAUAUUGGGAUGGCACUUGACAGAUUAGAUGGUGACACCGGUGAUGUAAUAGUUUCUGAGCAAGAAGAGGAAGGUAGGGGUGCAGAUGAGGAAGAAUAUGUCGCGAAUGUGGAUGGCGAUGGAGAUGGAGGUAGUGGAGAGGGAGAUGGGUGCGAGGACAGAGAAGAGUGCGAGGAUAGAGAUGGAUAUGCAGAGGAGGAGGAAGAGGAGGAUACUGCUGCUGAACCUUUGUUCAGAAUGGUCACAAUUGGAGGUGUGCUUCAACCUGCAUUGAAGUGGGAGCACUAUAAGCUGCAAUGGGAUGAUCAGGGUGUCAUGACUGCAAGGUAUCAUUUGCCGGAGGGGGAGGAGCAGUGCCUACAAGAUAGGGCUCAUUCUGUGUUCGACAAGGCAGCGACGAAGGUGGAUGAAGAGAGCUAA